AUGAAAGAACUCGCGUCUGGUGAUAUGCACAACAUGCGGCCGAGCCUGUCGGGCGCCGCCGCCGCCGGGACAAACGGCCUUGUUGCAUUCGGGCUCAUACCCUCGAACGCUACAGAAUCUACGGGAGAUACGAUUGGUGGAAUCGGCAGUGCAAUCGCGUUGGCGGAGUUUGUGCGGCUGGGGAAUGGUUCCUACAGCGGAACGCUGGUUGUGCAGCCUGAUCGCGGAUUCAACGUCGACGGCACAAUUGACUACCAAGGGCGUCAGCACCGCAUUUCCUUCACCCUCACACCCUACUAUUCUUCCACUCCGCUCUCCUUCUCCGCCGCCCAGCGUACUCUAGCCCUAUUAUACCGCGAUACGCUCCUGUAUGUUGAGAGGGACGACAAGACGACCACUGGGCUCGAUGCGCUUGGAGUGCGUGCUGCACAAACUGGGUUUCCGGAAGUGGCAGACGCAGAUCCGGUGGUACCCAUCGCCGGGAGCGGGGGCGGGGGCGGGGAUCCGGAUCGACUGAGCCUUGAUCUGGAGGGUUUGGUACUUAAUGGGGACAGCUCUUUUUGGGUGAGCGACGAGUACGGGCCUUAUAUCUACAGAUUCGACGCCCAAGGCGGGUUGCUGCAGGCCAUUCAGCCCCCCGACGCGAUUGUUCCUCUCGUCGACGGCGAGCUAAAUUUCACGUCUGUGGACGAUCCGGAUACAGGACGCGCAGGGAACCAGGGCUUUGAAGGCCUGACAACCGACAGCGCCGGAGCGACGCUCUACGCCCUUCUCCAGUCUGCGACGAUCCAAGAUGGUGGGAACAAGAAAAAGAACGCACGGCAUGCGCGCUUGCUUGCGUACAAUAUCUCGGACCCUUCGCAGUUCCGCCCGAGCUUAGUAGGGGAGUGGGUGGUGCCACUUCCUUUGGACACGGACAACAAGACGCUGGGAGCGAGCGAGCUGCAUUUCGUGAGCCCUGGUGUGUUUUUGGUGCUUGCGAGGGAUGGGGGUGGGCAUGGAGGGGACGACACGUUAUCGGCGUAUAAACAAGCCGACCUCAUUGACAUUUCGGGCGCCACCGACAUCCAUGGUACCAAGUUUGAUGACCCCGCCAACCCUGUUUCGCCCAAAGGCAAGCUUGACAGCGCCGUCGUACCCGCAAAUUAUGUGGGGUUCGUGAGUCUCAUCAACGCGACGCAGCUGGCACGAUUCGGGCUCCACAAUGGUGACCCCGCGGACCAGGCGCUCAUCGAUGCGAAAUGGGAGUCGCUCGCUCUCGCACCCGUUGGGGACCCACAGUACCCAGACGACUACUUCCUGUUCACUGCCGCCGACAACGACUUCAUCAGUACGCACGGUAUCGCGCUCGGCGUACCCUUUGACGCGGGGCUCGAUAACGACAACCAGAUGCUCGUAUUCCGCGUCACGCUUCCCAGCGCUGUGCCUGGCGACAUUGAAGACGAGUUGCUUACUCCAGUGUGGGGCAGAUGA